CCGAGAGGACUGACAUAAAUUAAAAAUAAGCAACCUGUGGCAUCUUGAAAACCAGCCUCACCCUUAGGAUUUUUAUUUUUUAAGCUUCCCUGUUUUUCAUCUUGCCUGCAGGGAGGCUCAGCCUGCUGGCUGGCUCAGCACACAGAGGAGAGUUUGGUCUGGCUGUGAUUGACAGGGCCAUGGUGUUCUGUCAAGGAGAUUUUGAUUUAGAAACCAAGUGGUUUUGGGAAAUUUCAAUGGGAUAGCUUCCAGUGACCUGAACUGAAGUUGCCUUUCAAACACAGGGAUGAUCAUCCUUUUCUAUCCCCUUUCCUUCUCCAUCUGCAAUUCUUGUGGGGAGACAGAGAGGUCUGUUAUUUCCCAGUCUAAGCUAUUUUUUCUCCUCUCCCUGUCUUUCACCACUGAAGUAUCUCAGCAAUGCCAGGAGGCUGCUAUGGCCCAGGAGGGUAAGAAUAGUCUACAAUGGCAGAGAUCCCUCCUGUUGUUGUUUGUCCACUUGCAGUUGCCUGGACAGAGGAUCCACACUGAGGUAGGAGCAAUUGGAUCUGACAAGCUAGAGCUUCUGCAAGACAACGUGUUAAAGCCUGAAGAAGAUCUACAUUCAAAACUAAUAGUCCUGUUCAAAUCAUCAAAAUAAUUCUUCAACACAUUGUUUUGGCUGAGUUCCUGAUUUCUGUCCAUGACUGUUAGCAAAAAUUCCUUCCUCUUUUUUUUUUCUUCCCUUGUUUUACCCCCUUUUUUCCCUGUCUAGGUCUAAUCUCCUUUGGAAAUGACAAAACUGUUAGGACAUCAGGAGCUGGAACUGUUUUGAGCCUGUUCGAACAUGGAGCACUGGGACUCACUGGGAUUUCUGAUAGUCACACUCAACUAUAAUGUGACUAUUGUAGGGAAGAUCUGGCUGAUGUUGAUAAUUCUGCUGAGAAUGGCAGUGGUGGUGUUGGCAGGCUACCCCCUCUACCAAGAUGAGCAGGAGCGCUUUGUCUGCAACACCCUGCAACCAGGAUGCUCCAACGUUUGCUAUGACUUGUUCUCCCCCGUAUCUCACUUUAGGUUCUGGCUCAUUCAGACUGUGUCUAUCCUGCUGCCUUAUGCUGCAUUCAGCAUUUAUGUUUUGCACAAGGUAGCUAUGCACAUGGUGAGAAUGCACUGUCUGGUGAAUGAGUGCAAGGGGAACAAGGGUUUAUCAAGCCACAAAGACGUGAAGGAGAUCUGUAGAAGUGCAGCCAUCAGUAGAGUAGAUUGUGGUGCAGACAACCUAAGUGUCCUUAAUUUUUCAGGGGCAUAUACCAUUCAUCUUUUUAUUAGGACCUUACUUGAGGUUGCCUUUGCAGCUGUGCAAUACUUUCUUUUUGGAUUUUUUGUUCCUGACCGCUUUUCAUGCUACCACUCACCUUGCACAAGCACUGUUGAUUGUUAUAUCUCCCGGCCCACCGAGAAAUCCAUCAUGAUGAUUUUCAUCUGGGGGGUCAGCAGUCUGUCCUUCCUGCUCAGCCUUGCAGAUCUCAUCUGUGCUCUCCGGAGAAUGACAGCAAGAAACCAAAAGAACAAACUGCUGGCAAAGCUCUGCACAGAGAAGGAGUGCAUGCUACAUCCUCCCCCAGUCCAGCACAGCAGCUCUUCUCCACCUCAAAAUGGGGAUGGCCCAGUAGCAAAUAUCUGUCAGACCAGUGAUGGCUCCUGCUCACUUCUCUCUGAAGAGGAAGAAGAGGCUGUUCUUCGUCCUGAAGGUGUCCCUCAGCAAAGUGCCAGCACUAACCUCAGCAGCAGCAGCAAUAAGUGCUGUGUAUCAGGGGACCUUGCUGUUAAGCAACAGAGCACUGAAGAACUCUCGUAUGCCAGUGACCACCAAGGAACUCCCUGCAGCCAAGUGAGACCCAGAGCUCAGCAAGACUUCAUUACAGAUACUUCCCUGGUGUUGAGACCUCAGAUCCAGUCUCCCCUUGGAGUUUCUUCCUCUGCUGUUCAGAGCAAGCUUUUAGGAUUCUACCCUUCAGCUGAGCUAAAAAGCCCUGAUGCACAAUCAAAUUACAGCAGCACUAGCUGCCUGAGGUCAAAAAAGUCAGAAUGGGUAUAGAAGCCAGAGUGAGCACUACGCUGUGACCUUGACAGGAAAAAUCAUUGCAGCACUGAAGAGGCUUCAGGGAGUUCCAGCUGCAUCCCUUGGCUGUGGCUAUGCUGCAGAGACACUCUACUGUGCUAUGCACCUCCAUUAGAAAAGAAGAAAAUAUUUGGAUAAGUGGGUGAAGGGUAUUACAUUAAGGGACAUGUUCUUUAGAAGAUGUGACAUCUUUAUGUUUUUCUGCAUGUAGAUGGUUUUAAAAGGCUGUGGACUGUCACUGAUGUGACUGACCUGGUUUUCCAGAGUAUGUGUGAACACUUCUUUACUCUAACCUAGUUUUAUUGCAAAAGAUUGAGUUUAGCAAAGAUUUGUUGUCUACUGUCAGAAGCCUCAUUUGUCUCUUCAUACUAAAUUCUCAAAGCCCACUCUAAGACAGGAUAUUCAAGAAGACUAGACAGUGAAUAGAAUAAAAAAAAACUUGUUUUGUGGCAAAGUGUUAAUGUGUUAAAACCCCUGGAUCUUAUUGCUUGAAGGCAAUACCUCUCCCAGCUUGCAGUGCCAGGGCACUUUCUCUGACGCUGAUGCCAGGUGCAGUCUGACCACACCCGAUAUAUUCAACUGUAAUGACUUCCAGUACCUAGAGGGGCCUAAAGGAAAGCCAGAGAGGGACUUCUUACAAGGGCAUGUAGUGAUAGGACAAGGAGGAAUUUCUUCAAACUGAAGUAGGGUAGGUUUAGAUUAGAUGCAAGGAAAUUUUUUUUUUACUUGAUGGUGGUGAGGCAGUGGAAGCGUUUGCCUAGAGGAACUGUGGAUGUCCUGAAUGUCUCUUCCCUGGGUGUUCAAGGUCAGGUUGGAUGGAGCUUUGAGCAAUCUGGUUUCAUGAAAAGUGCCUCUGCCUAUGGCAGAGGCUUUGGGACUAAAUGAUCUUUAAUGUUUCUUCCAGCCUAAACCAUUCUAUGAACUACAAUAACCUCCAAAACAGAGUGGCUGCAUCCACAUUAGCUGUUGGGCAUGAUCCUCUGCUUGAGAAUUUCUCAGGAGACAACAAGGAGGUGUGAGCCAGAAGGGUGUCAGGGAGUGCUCCAGCAGCUUGACAGGGACUGAGCAGCAAUGCCCAUGCUCUGGCUGCACUGACACAUCUACAGGGUGUUACUUCUCAGCCUUAAAAAGUCACACUGGACUCUCAUUUCAGGAGGUGGGAAUGAGUAACUUGACCUGUUUUAGGGGUCUCUAAAGGUGAGUCACUUUCUAGAUAUACCUAUUUCUCCCACAAUAUGAUUAUCUCAGACCUGGGUUUAGGGAAAAUGGAUUCCACCCUGAAAGAAGGAUAUAGUGGCAAUGUCUAUAUCAAAGUGCUUGCCCUAUUUGUCUGACAGACUUAUAAUGAUACUAAUUUGAAAACAUGUCUAGAUUGAGUGAAUCACAGAAGAUUUUAUUACAGUUAUACUUUGUGCUUUCCUUCAGUGUUAAUUCUGUUGCAUUUGCAUAAGCGUGGUCCAGCGCUACAGCACGGCAGUGCGUGAGAUAAAUUAUCUUUUAGCUGCAAGUCAGUGGGGGUUGAAGGUUACACAUACCUGCAGAUCAUCAGUGGGAGUGGAUGUGGAGGAGCAUGUACCCAGAGAAAUGUGCUGGUGGUAGUGUCUUAUAAAACAAAUUAUUCAGAGGGUGUCAAGAACUGGUAUUUGCAGAUACUGCUUGGUGCUAGAGCAGCUACGAUGCUGUUUAGACCAGACACAGAUCUUGCUCCUGGGCUGCCAUGUAACAAGUUUCUGUAAUAACUCAAGGGCUGGCUCCCAUGUGCAGGACAUGAAGGGACAACAGAUUUCACAUUCUUCCUUUUCUCUCCUGUGGGUGAAGAAGUCUUCAAGACUGUUAGGCUCAUCACUCCUGUGUAUUAUUUCUCACAUGUGUAAGGUAAAGGCUAGCAAUUAUCCCUUCUCUUCUGCAUUCCCCCAAAAUUCGGUGGCUUAAUAGAGAGACAGAACUGCUCUUGAGGUCAGGAGCAAAGUACUUUGGGAUCCUGAGGUAGGCUACAGGCAUUUUUAAUUACUCCCUUCUAAGCAAGGUUCUCCUCUCUAUUACCCCUGUUUGUUUCUUUUAUUGUGCAUGCUUGUUGUGUGAUUUGUCAUUUCCAGGGUAGAAGCAGCAUUAAUUAUUAAACUUAUCAUAGGCAGAAAAGCAUUAAAUAUUUAAACUUCUCAUCCUCCAAAACCUCUUUAAUGGGGUCUGUGCUGAUUACACAUGCCAUGACAAAACAUUGCAACAAUGAAACCUUUUAUGAUUCAUUGCAUCUUCUCAGAUAUGAGAAGGAAUGCAAGGCACAAAUGUGGAUUCAGUCAAUUGCAUACAUCCCACAGCAUGAGAUAUAAAUAGGGUAGGAAAAAUAACAAAUGCAUUUUGGCUGGACACAGUUUGGGUUUUUUUGUCCCUGGUUAGACAUCUUUUAAUGACUGAAGAGUCUCAUUUCAAGUUGGAAAGAUCCUGUUUGUGUUUGAAAUGGAAAGUGAAAUUAGUGGAUGUCUUCCUUAGUCUGCAGAGACUUUGAACUAUUGUGAACUUCCAGAGCUCAAAGAAAUUAAAAGUGAUGGUUGGGAGGGACAUCCACAGUGGGGAGGAGAAAAUAAAAGAAAGAUCUGCUUGAAAAAAACAAAGAGGAUCACCUCUGAUUUCUCCUUGUAUUCAAUAUCACUGCAUGUGGAGAUGCUCUAGACUUGUCCAGAUGUCUCGGAGUGAGAAAGGAGCUGAUAGAUGUGAAGCAAAGAAGCAGCAAGGCUUUCUGCUGUUAAAACAAAAAUUUAGCCUUUUAAACUCAUGUAUUGGUUUUGUAAGUCCUCCCAGAAAUUAUUACAUACUCAGAAAAAUGUUCCGAAGGUUCUUAUUAUGUUUAUCUAUGUGUCUUUAAACAAUUUCUUAACCCAUCUGCUUCAGAAAAGCAUUUCAAAGAUGGGUUGAAAGCACAGUACUCCUAAAACUGCCCUCAGGGAGCUUCAUCUUAUGCUCAAAGUGUGGGUGUCACUUGCAUCCUGACAUGGCUUUAUGGAACAAUACAAAAGAUAAAUAUAGAUAUAGAUAGAUAUAUAUAUAUAUAUAUUUCAUUCAUUCUCAUGUGGUACUGAGACUAUACAGGAAGGAAUUGAGCUCCCUGGAAAUAAGAGUUGGAACUGAUCAGAAAAAUCUAUGAUCAAAUAGUUUUCAUGUAAGAAAAAAAAAUUUAUUGGAAAAUUAAAAAAUGUCAUAAAAAUGUUGUUUUCAAUUGCACUUCUACAGCACUUCUCUUGCUAAACAAGUAUCUAGUAGACUGUUGGAGACACAGAAUUUUCAUGUUUUCUAUGCAGCAACAUCAAGCAUCACUGGAAGUUUCUGCAGCAUGAACAUGAUUAAAAGAAAAAAAAACAAUUUUGUUAUCUCUAACUAAAGUAGAUUAAAAUUUUUCUCUAAACAAAUUUUGAAUGUCUUUUUUUUUGUUUGUUUGUUUUGUUUUGUAAUAUAUUUUUAAAUACCAAAA